UGCAUAACUGUCAAUGCAAAUGCACUCUCAUUAGCAUCCGACAGGGGGAGCACAGAGAGCAUCCGAUACAUCCACACAGGGGAGGGUAUAACGUUAGUCACCUAAAACCUCCUCUCAUCAUCAUCAUCAUCAUUUCUUAUCGCAGGGUAUCUGACUGUCUGACCGGCAGAAAGAGGAGCGCUUCGUGAUCUCCAGGAACCGCGAACCGCGGAGAACCACCAUUAUGAAUCCCUCUCCGGACACCAGGACUUGAGAUGUCUUUCAAUCUUGUUAUUACACUGUACCUUCCCUUGGUCACCGUAUUAUUGACGUUAUAAAUACGUCUAACACUACUUCACUUGGAAAUACACCAGAACUGAUCAUGUUGUGGAAAACGGGACUGAUCUUCUUGUGCUGGGGCUUGACGUCCGGGUCGCUUCAGGGGAGGCAGUCCGCUCCCGCUGCUCCAGCGCGGACAACUUUGGAUUUCGGCUUCGUCCCCUCCGGAGUUUAUGAGACCGUCGCCUAUUACGAGCCCGGGGCCAUCGGGAUCUUAUUUAACAUGAUGCACGCGUUCCUCUUCGUGGUCCAGCCUAACCCUUUCCCUGAAGAUCUCGUCAUUGGAGUUGCAAAGGAUAAGUUUGGGGCCAUACAAUCUGAGUACCAGAAGGUGAUUUAUUAUGAGAUUGGUUUUCUUGUGUGUGCCGCGGUGGGGCUGCUGUUCACCAUCUUGUUGCCGCUGGUCGGGCUGCUCUUCUGCUUGUGCCGCUGCUGCGACAACUGUGGAGGUGAGAUGCACCAGAGACAGAGGAAGAAUGCAGAAUGCCUACGAGGACUGCUUACCACGCUGUUACUCACCACCACUUUCAUCAUCACGGCAGGGGUCCUUUGUGCAUACGCUGCCAAUCAGAACCUGAGUUCUCAGCUGAAGAGCAUGAGGAAGCUUGUGAAAAGUAACUUGAAAGACCUGCACACCUUUGCAAAUCAGACCCCAGCCCAAAUCGAUUACUUGAUCUCUCAGUACGGCACUGUGAAGGAACAUGUGCUCUAUGACCUUGAGAAUGUAGGUCUGCUCUUGGGUGGAAAGAUACAAGAGGAGUUGGGAAAAGAUGUGCAGCCUGCACUUGAUGCAGCUCUCAGCAUGUAUGCAACAAUGCAAGACACCAAGGAUGCUCUAGAGAACGUGAGUUUGACGUUGGAGACUUUGCAAGACGGAACAAGCAAACUGCAGGCUAACCUCAGCAGUGUGCGAAGCGGCCUCAACAACGCCCUAAAUGAUCCUGUCUGCGCAGACAUGCGCUCACCCGCAGCCGACGUCUGCCGCAACAUACGCAGCACCCUUCCAAGACUAGAAAUCUCAGCCAACUACUCAUCGUUGCCUGAUGUAACUGACCAAUUAGACAAAGUGAAUGAAGUUCUAAGGACGGAUCUCGGGCACAUAGUUGAAAAGGGAUUUACAUCUUUCAAUGACACGCCCACCAUGGUAAAAGACCAAACCCGAAGUAUCAUCGAAGGGGUCAGAGGUCUGCUGGACAAUAUUGGCUCUAACAUCUCUAAUUUCACCAAGCAUUUUCCAGUUCACAGCACUCUGACCAACUUCACAAAAAUUAUCACUCACACACACUCACAAAUAGAGGACAUCUACCCAGAGAUUGAUCAGAUGGAUUUCUACAGGUGGAUUUGUUGCAUUGCCCUUUGCUGCAUGGUGGUGCUAAUCUUGGUCUUCAAUUUUUUGGGUCUGUUGUGCGGCAUUCUGGGAUUUGACCGGCACACUUCCCCGACCACACGGGGAUGUGUGUCCAACACUGGCGGAAACCUGCUAAUGGCGGGCGUGGGAUUCAGCUUCCUGUUCUCCUGGGUGCUCAUGGGUGUGAUAACAGUUCUGUUCUUGGUUGGGGGAAAUCUGGAGAAGCUCGUGUGUGAACCUUUCCAAACCCGACAGCUGUUCAAGGUGCUGGAUACUCCCAACCUUGUUCAGUCUUCUUGGAAAAACUUCAUACCAGGAUAUCUGUACAAUGACCCCGAAAUGGAUCUUACAGUGGAUUCUCUCUACAGUAACUGCAAGGACAACAGAGGGAUUUACACAGCUCUUAACCUGGAUAAGGUCUUCAAUAUGGCAGCGUUCUUUAACACCAGCGUUUACUCCAAGGACGUGUCGACAAAGUUUGAAGGGAUGAAGGUGGAUCUGCGGGGCAUUGAUCUUCUGGAGUCUAAGGGCAAACAGAAUCUCAUCAGCUUCACCGAAACUGGCAUUAAUGAGAUCAACUUUGCAGCUUAUUUGGCAGAGCUUAAUAAAGCUGUGACACGCAUUGAUCUGCUCACAUUUGCAAAUGACCUUGAUUCUCAAGCUGAUCAGUUGGUUAAAGGAACAUUGCAGACUUCCUUAAAGGGACAUGCUAACACUGUAAGACGGAUCUACAACCAGCAGGUCAUCCCUCUGGAGCAGUCCAUGAAAUAUGUGAAAGCAAGGAGCACACUUAACCAGAGCAUCAGAUUCCUGGAGAGAACUUCCUCAGAUUUGCCUGUCAGAGUUUCAGCCAUAUUAGCAGCUGUCGAUGCCGCCCAGUUUCUAAUUUCCAACAAUGCAACACUGGUGGUCAAUCAGGAAACCGAGAGAUACAUACAGACUCUCAUCGGAUAUUUCAAACAGUAUAUGGACUGGAUCAAGACAUCUCUAGCCAUGGAGGUAGCUUCCUGUAAACCCUUCAGUAAUAUUGUGGACACAGUCGAGAUCCUGGGCUGCAGUUUUCUGCUGGAUUCAAUGAACACAUUCUGGUUUGGACUGGGCUGUUCCACGCUGUUUUUGCUCCCUAGCAUAAUCCUCUCUGUGAAGCUCUCCAAGUUUUACCGCAGAAUGGACACAGAGGAUGUCUAUGACGAGUCCUCAGUCUCGGGGACUUGGCAUUUCACAUUAUGAUAACCAUUCUUGCUAUUUCCUUCUUCAUUCUUUAUGUCUCUCCGUCCAGCACUUUGCACUUUACAAAAUAUAUGUACAGAAUAUAUUAUACGAUGUGUUUUUUCAACAUCCAUCUGUUUACAGUCGAAAAUCAUUGCGAUUGAAUAGUCACCAAGUGUCUUGAGCAGAGAAUCCAUUUUGACAUCUGAUAUCUCUGCAUCACUCCAGUGUAACAUGUUUGCUUGUCUUGCUUGUAUCUUUUUAGCAUUGAGAUUCCUAUGAAAACGUAAGCCGUUUUCCAUUACGCUUUUGCUGUCCACUAUUUGAAGAUCUCUUUCCUGUUUUGUACAUAAAUCUUUCUGCUUUAUGGUGCUGGUUUAAGCUACACGCCUUUGAAUGCUUCCCUGGUGAAGGGCAUUGCUCGUGUUGUUGUGUUAUCUUCGAAAGCUCCCUUACUUCACACGAAGGGCUGAUAAAACAGAAACCUUAAGAUCAAAAGUACUACAUGUACAUUUUAUGAUAAACGAUUGCUAUUUCUACUUAAACUGUGCUCUACCUUGCGUGGACGUUUUUCAAAAGCACGUCUUGGAAGCGAAGCUUGUUUCUGGUCGCUUGCCAUUUCUUUUAUGUCAUGUUUGUUUAUUUAUUUUUUGUGUGUAAUGUUUUAUUUCAGUAUGGAAAUUGCUAAUAAUGGUUAUAAUAAUGAACAUUUAGAAGGUGUCCAAAACCCUGUAAUGAGAAGGUAAACAAAACCAUAGCACCGUUCACCCCGUGUUUGUCAUGCUCAUGAAUUGCAUGCAUUGGUGGAGGCGGAUUAUUUGAGGUGAUCAAAAUGAUUAUAAACUAAGAAAGGUCCGAUGCAUGCUCGGUUUAAAGUUGCCCUUCCCACAAACAAGCACCUGUGAGUCAGCUCUUUGUUUCUUCUUUGUUUGCUAUGCUUGGUGUAAGCAUGCUGGCUAAUUUAAAGGUGAAGUGUGUCAUUUAUAUUUGCAGCAUUGAACAGUAAGAAACCAAAAUAGUGAUCCACCUUCCAUCGGUUGGUCAAACAGAUAGCCCCGCCCCAAACUCAAGCCAUUGGUUGGACCAGUGCCAUUACAUGAAAGGAAUAGUUCAACUUCGAUAUAAAAAUUCUGUCAUUAUUUACUCAUCCUAUUGUCAUUUCAAAACUGUAUGACUUUAUUCACGUUUAUUUUUCAAUAUGAAAAAUAACAGAGGUCCGGACCUCUGUGACCUCAUAGUUGGCUACGGCCGUGCAUACAGUAAAAGCCAAUGGGUAUCAACGGCUUUUGCUUACUAACAUUUUAAAAAAAUAUCUUUAUUUAAAUUUUCCAGAACAAACAAAAAAUAACACGAGUUUAAAAUGACAACAGGGUGAGUAAAUGAUGACAGAAUUUUCAUUUUGAAGUUGAAAUAAUCCUUUUAAGCCCACUCAAGAUUUCAAUUUAUUUUGGUGCUGCUAAUUUAUUUGAGACAGUAAAUAUUUGUGCAUUGCACACACUUGUGCAUGCUAUUUAAAUUUACACUAACAAUGCAUGCAUUUGCUUAUUAAGCUAGCACAGUAACAGGGUUGAAUUUGUGUAUGUGCAUAUUUUUUUGCAUUUCUUCGCUUGUGCAUUUUCGCAUGUGACUCUUGAAGAUCUAACCAUGCUGUGAUUGGUUCAUUUCUUCAGUCAGUUCAUCGUCACUAACAGCAUGAUUCUUAGUUCAAGUUGGUCUGGAACCCGCCAGACAAAGGUGAGGAUGGUGAGCUUGAAUGACACAAAGUCUCUAUAUGUAGAUUAAAUCUUAUAUAAAGCUUGUAUAAUGAAAAUGCAGGAAUGGUUCACCCAAAUGUUGGUAACUAAACAAUGGCGGUACCCUUUAACUUCUAUUGCAUGGACACAAAACCAAUGCAAAUCAAUGGGUUUCCAACAUUCUUCAAAAUAUCCCUCUUCAACCCCGACCUCCAACAACAGAUCAGCAUGAUUAUAAGCAAACAAGGUUUCUGAUUGGUCAGUGAUAUAUGUCAUUGUGGGCAGGUAUAGAGCUCUUUGUGUUAUAUCAAGAACCCAUCCUGCUCUUUAAGAUCAAAGGGUUAAAGAUGGAUGAAGAAGAUGGUGAUGUUGAAUUCCCUUCUUGACAGUUUUUAUUCUUGUGUCUCAAGCAUCCCUGCCUAUGAUACUAUGACUCGAUUCCCACGGGCCUCUGCGCCCCCCCGCCAUCCCGACUGGUGACUCCGAGGAGACAAGCCUGGUUUUUACCUACAGUAAGAGCUAUCGGAAACUGGAAUUGAAUCUUCGUGAAAUCUGACUAGAAAGCCGAACUCACAGACUGACAACAUUUAAGACGGAUAGUCAAAAUGAAGCUGAGACCUGCUAUCCGUGCUCACAUUUCAUCAAUUCUUUUGAUUUUUUUUGUUUUGGUCAUUUUUUACCCAUGAGAUAAUAGUGCUGUUUUACAGACCGUUUCCUUAAGAGCUAGUCUCUGAUGUCAUCCUGUCACAGAAUCAGGGAGGCUUCACCGUACAUGGCUGUUUUAAUUAUUAAACGUGUCUUUGUUUACAGUC